CCCGUGCAGCACGUGGCUGCAGGGGAGGUGGGUCAGGAGGCUGGAAUGUUGAUGGGAAUCUGGGUGGUUUCUAAGAAGCGCAAGUGCACGGAGCCCGCAGGGGUGGAGUGAGCCGGGGAAGCAGAAGCCUGCCCUGAAAAGGAAACCGAAAGGAAGAGGGGAGAGUAUUAAAGCCCGCUGCCGGCCGGCCGGGGGCUUCUGAGCUGCCCGACUGCCCGGAGGGAGCGGAGUGUCCGGCGCCAGCCUGCACCCCAGCCGCGCGCGUCUCCCACCGCCUGGCUGUCCUGACCUCGGAGCGAGUCCUCGGACCUCAGGAUGGCGGACGAGCCCCGCAGCCAGCCCUUCGACUCGCCCCUGCAGCUGUUCAACAGCAUAGUGAGCCAGGGGGAGCGCGUGCGGUCCCUCAAGGACAAGAAGGCGCCAAAAGAUGAAAUCGACUCCGCAGUGAAGCUGCUGCUGUCGUUAAAGAUGAGCUACAAAGCCCUGGUGGGGGAGGAUUACAGCCCUGAGUGCCCCCCGGGGAGCCUGGCGCCCAGGGGCAAGAGCGGCCCCGAGGACGGCGAGGACUUUGUGGACCCGUGGACGGUGCGGACGAGCAGCGCGAAGGGCAUCGACUACGACAAGCUCAUAGUUCAGUUCGGAAGCAGUAAAAUUGACAAGGAGCUGAUAAACCGGAUCGAGAGAGCGACCAACCAGAGACCGCACCGCUUCCUGCGCAGAGGCAUCUUCUUCUCACACAGAGACAUGAAUCAAGUGCUCGACGCCUACGAGAACAAGAAGCCCUUCUACCUGUACACGGGCAGGGGCCCCUCCUCGGAAGCCAUGCACGUGGGCCACCUCAUCCCGUUCAUCUUCACCAAGUGGCUGCAGGAUGUGUUCGACGUCCCCCUGGUCGUCCAGAUGUCCGACGACGAGAAGUACCUGUGGAAGGACCUGACCCUGGAGCAGGCCUACGGCUACACCCUGGAGAACGCCAAGGACAUCAUCGCCUGCGGCUUCGACAUCAACAAGACUUUCAUCUUCUCUGACCUGGAGUACAUGGGGAUGAGCCCGGGCUUCUACAAGAACGUGGUGAAGAUUCAGAAGCACGUCACGUUCAACCAGGUGAAGGGCAUCUUCGGCUUCACGGACAGUGACUGCAUCGGGAAGAUCAGUUUCCCCGCCGUGCAGGCCGCGCCCUCCUUCAGCAACUCGUUCCCGCAGAUCUUCGGGGACCGGGCAGACAUCCAGUGCCUCAUCCCCUGCGCCAUCGACCAGGACCCCUACUUCAGGAUGACGCGGGACGUCGCCCCCCGCAUCGGCUACCCGAAGCCGGCGCUGCUGCACUCCACCUUCUUCCCCGCCCUGCAGGGCGCGCAGACCAAGAUGAGCGCCAGCGACCCCAACUCCUCCAUCUUCCUCACCGACACGGCCAAGCAGAUCAAGACCAAGGUCAACAAGCAUGCGUUCUCCGGAGGCCGGGACACCGUGGAGGAGCACCGGCAGUUCGGGGGCAACUGCGACGUGGACGUGUCCUUCAUGUACCUGACCUUCUUCCUAGAGGACGACGACCGGCUGGAGCAGAUCAGGAAGGACUACACCAGCGGGGCCAUGCUCACGGGUGAGCUCAAGAAGGCGCUCAUCGACGUCCUGCAGCCCCUGAUUGCCGAGCACCAGGCCCGGCGCAAGGAGGUCACCGACGAGAUGGUGAAGGAGUUCAUGACGCCCCGGCAGCUGUCCUUCCACUUCCAGUAACGCCGGUCCUCUGGAUGCCUGUGACACCUAAUUCUCUAGUAACCCCAGCCCUGCCCAGCCAUGCCCCGCCCCAAGCCUUCUGUCCCGCGGUAAUUCCUGGGCAGUUCCUGGCGUCUGCCAGCCCUGCAUGUGUUAUGGAUUCCGGCCCCUCCUGUGAUACCUGUCCUUCUGUCGCUGUGGGUAAGCGGGUCCUGGCUCACGUGGUGUGGUCAGCCAGGAAGCGCCCAGCAAGAGGCUCCACACACAGCCCAGGCGCAGAGCUCAGGCUGUGGGGCCUGUGGCGGGAAGGUCCCUGGCCAACCUGUGCCGCCCCAGAGAGAGCUGCUGGGGUUCCCAGUGUACUCCCAAGAUCGCUCCCCGAAAAACUAGUGCAGUGUGUGUAGGACGAAUCAGAACGGUGUUACUCUACCCCUGAGCAGUGCAGUGGAAAGUGGCUGUGAGAAAGGGUCCUGGACGCAGGACAUCAGAGCCCCUGCCCCCACAAAAGGGACUGAUCGCUACGAGCUUCACUGAACACUUGACCGAGGCUGGGUUGGGUGCAGCUCCGCGGUAAACCGGCCCAGCCUGUGUGGGCCCUGGUUACAGCCUCACAGCUCUGAGAAAGAUAUCACCCAGCUUCUCAGCUGCUGUGGACACUGGCCGUGGUGGAGCGGGGCGAUUUUUACCGAGUCAGUGAGCUCCAGACCACGCACACGGCCCACUCCAGGAGUCGUGCUCGCUGCCCACAACCUGCCAGUGUCACAGAUAACCCAGCACUCUACCUGCAGAGUCCAGAGGGAGCUCGCCCCAGGGGGCUGCUGAAACAGUCCGCUACCUCUGCAAAUGCUGCUGUUUCAACACUAGACCACAGCGGAAGUCAGCACAGAGCAGUGGCCGGCCCAGCCGGGCUGGUGGACCUAGUGAGGGACACGUGCAUGGCUGCCCCAGGCUCAGGGCCUCCCUGCGGGCACCACGACCGGCCCUCCACGCACGGUCCGUUAGGGCAGGGAGGGCCCUGGCUGCAAACCUGUCCCUGGACUCGGGGUGCGCUCUGGGGUGCUGCCCCUCUGUGCUCGUGGGCUAAUAAACUCCCUUCGCUCCUUUUC